AUGUCAUCGUCUCUGGCCGACCAAGACCAGCAAUCGCCGCAGCACGAUCAACACGAUCACGACGACCACCAGCCCGAUCACCCCGUCUCCGUCUCGCUUUCGCCCACUGCAUCCCAGCACGCCACCGCUCACGCCUACGCCAGCAAUAGCCUCCAGGUCCUCCAGGCCGCAUCUGAUGCAGCAGCCGCCGCCGCCAUCCAGAAUGUCCAGAAUCAUCUGACCACCGCUGCCGCUGCCGCUGCCGUCGUCGCCGAUGAGCAGCAGCAGCAGCAGCAGCAGCAACAACAACAGCAGCAAACCGAGCAACAACCCGUUGACGAACAACAGCAGCAGCAUCACCUCCCGAUGCCCCCCUCCAUCGCCGACCACGAGCAGGUACACCAACAGCAACAGCAGCAUCUCCCUCCCCCUCCUCACCCCCAUACACCCUCUCAGCCGCCUCAUCAGCAACUGCCCCAGCACCAGCAGCAUGGUCCGCAUACCCCGACAGCUGCACCGACCUCGACCUCUCCUCUCGAUGCCGACGACUCCCUCGCUGCCGUGUCGCACGGCGCCAUGCCCGCUUUCCCUCAGGCCUUUGCGCCCAUGCCUCACAUGCCGCGUGACCCGACCGUCAAUCCCAAGCUGACCCGUCUCAGACGGGCUUGCGACAUGUGCUCCCAGCGAAAGGUCAAAUGCGACGAGGCCGGCCCUCCCUGCCGCCCAUGCGCCGAGCUCAACGUCGAAUGCACCUUCAACCGCCAAUUGAAGAGACGAGGUCCCCCGAACAAGCAUGCCGAGGCUGCCAGGGCCGCUCGAAGGCAGAGGAUCGAGCCCGACAUGUCUCCUACCACUGCCGCCGCCGCCUUCACCUCGUACGCCGCCGCCGCCGUCACCCCGUCGCCCUCUCCUCACAACGCUGCCCAGGCUCUCGUUUCCAUAGCAGAGGGUCCCGCCCGCCUGGACGCCGAGUCCAUCGCCCCCUUGCCCAUCCUCGAGCUCCUCAUCGACGACUUCUUCACCUAUAUCCAUCCUCUCGCCCCCUUCCCCCACGAACCCACCUUCCGGCACUCGUUUGCCAAUAGGGAGGACCGCACAAACCCCGAGUUCCUCGGCUUGCUGGCCUCCAUGGUUGCCACCCUUGUCGCUUCCUUCCCCCGCAGUGCCCGCCAACAUCUCAAAACCCAGCACAGCACCCACCUGUUUCCGAGAGCCAUCGUCAUGAUUGAGAGAUGUCGUGACAUUGCCCUCGACACGAGGGGCGCCCGCUGGCCCUUGAAGCAACCCAAGACGCUGGAUGACGCCGCCACCAGUUACUUCCUAGGUCUCGCAGCCGGCUACACCUUCCAAACGAGCAGGUAUCGCUACUUCCACGCCGAGUGCCUGUCGCUCAUCCGCGAGCUGGGCUUCCGCCGUCCCAAGCACCCCAACGAGCUUCCUACUUUUGGCAACGACGAUUGCUCCCCCGACCCUUUACCCUUUCACCACAUCAAAGACCAGAUCGGCAAGCGCAUCUUCUGGUGUCUCUUGCUGGGCGUGAGGUCCUUCUCACAGCUGGGCUCCUCCCAUGCCGACAUGGUCAUCGCCCCGUCGACCCCGGGACUUCCCUAUCCCGCCUUGCCCGAGGAUGUCGACGAUCUCUAUAUCAUGGCCAACGAGAUCGUGUACCCGCCCGAGAGCUCCGUCACCCUGUUGACCGGCUACCGGUUCGCCAUCGAUAUCUACACCACCAUGAACGCCAUUGUCAGCGUAGAGCUCGUUUAUGGUAUGAGCACGCUGCCUUGGCUCGAUCAGAUGGCCUUGUUGCGGGAUGCCCUCAUCGCCGCCAAGGACGUUAUCGACCGUUUGCCGCCCGAGCUCCAGCUGAGCGCGUCCUAUGAGCAGUCGAGCGGCUUUGGCGCUUUGGACGAUGCCCAUCUUCCAUACGUGCCCCCCGCCUACCCCAAUAAUCAGCCAUCCAACGACGUUCGGAACGUCAUCAAGAACCACCCGCAGCGCCGCCGGCAGCUCCAGUACGAGAUCCAAAAGGCCAACAUUUACGUUUCGCAACUGGCGACUCGCUCCUUUUACGUCGAGCUGUACUUCAACCUGCGAGACGUGCACUUGGCGAAUCCGAACAAGGACGACCAGCCGCCCAAAGGCCCCGACGAGAAGGCCGCCGAGGACGCCGAGGAGGCACGCGUCUUUGAGCUGAUGACGGCCGAGAGGGAGUUGAUCGUCCAGAACCUGCUGCACGUGCUCGGCUCCAUCUCGCAGCGUAAUCUCGAACCCAACGGUGGCUCCUUGAUCAACAAGAUCCGCCAGGUCGCGUCGACACUGCUAAACGAUACCCCUGAGCGUAAGGGUCCGGUCGCCACGAAGUCGGAGGAGGCAUUGGUAAAGCUCAUCGAUGUCCUCCUCAAACUGGAAGGCACAGGCCCAAGUGGCAGCAGCAUGGCCGGGGAGCACAUGACGCCUCAGGACGAGGAAGAGGAAAUGCGCAACUGGGCUCACUUGCGUGACUAUCAGCAACGGUUCACGGCCCACGGUUUCACCGGGGACAUUUGA